GUUUACUCGCACAAAUUAAAAAAAGACAUUAAAUUUUCUAUAUUUCUAUAGUGCCCCUGAUGUAAAAAAAUUUGUAGGACAUUUUUAAUUUACAAUUCUUAAUACGAUAUUUUACAUUUCUUUAUCGUAAAAGCAAUCUUUCGAUUAGGAUGACGAUGGCACAAAUGACAUCAAUCAUUAAAUGAUCAAAGUGUGAUGAAAAUUUUGAUUUUGCUGUUGUGUAGAUUAUUGAUUCGAAUUGUGUACUUCCUAAACAAAUUUAUCAACGUGCGUAAAUUGCAACAAUUUCUAGAAUAUUUAGAUGCUUGUGAAGAGCUGCUUGAGGACAUGAACAGUAAAAGUGGUUCUCGGAGAGAUUCCGCAAUUGGGGAGUACACGUUUCGACCAUUCGAAGUCAAAAGAAUCAAACACAAAAAGAGUUCUGCCGGAUCUACUCCUUACGCACGGAGUGGCCAUCGUAUAGUUUGUAAUGAUUCAGCUGUGUUCUGCUUCGGAGGUUUUAAUCCAGUCAACGAUGAGGACGAGAGCUCUUGCUUGUUUCAGGAGUUGUGGAAGUUUAAUAUGAUUACAAAAGAAUGGACCCUACUAAUGGGGGCGAGCGACGAUUUACCUCACGAAUUGGCCUCGAACGCAAUGGCAAUGCACGGGGAUAAUUUGAUAAUUUUCGGUGGAACAGGAUAUCCAUUCGGACUUCAAUGCUCCAAUCGGUUGUACGUUUAUCAAUCAAGAAAAAAAUCUAAAGAGGUGACGGAAGUAGAAGUAAGAGGAGACUUACCACCGGCUCAAUACGGACAGGCCAUCCUCUAUCACGAUGGUCAUUUAUACACAAUAGGUGGUACAGAAGGUUUCGACUACACAUGCGACGUAUUCAGACUGAAUAUUGUCACAAGAACCUGGGAGUGCGCCUAUGCGUGCAAGCCAAAUGUCAGAGAAGAUCCUCCUGGCAGAUACCGACACGAAAUAGCAUUCGACGGAGAACGGAUAUUUAUUAUAGGUGGUGGAACGAGCGAUUCUGUGUUCAGUUUAGCAACAAUUCCAACGUAUGACUUAAAAGAAAAUGUGUGGUCUUAUACUGAAACGAAAAGAGAUCCAAGUUUACCACCACCCGGAGUUCCGGCUGCCAGAAAAUGUCACUCUUGUGUUCAGUACCAUACCGAUAAUGGAAUAGAAAUAAUCGUAGCCGGAGGCUAUGCUGGACGAUCUCACUUCGGAGACAUUUGGAAACUAAACUUAUCAACGUUCGAAUGGCGCUUGAUGCAGAAAUCAUCUUUGCCAUAUCCUUUAUUUUUUCACGAUGCUGCAUCAAGUAGUGCUGGGUGCAUGUACAUUUUUGGAGGAAUUAAGUUUAGCCGUAAUGCACGAGUUACUCAGAUGAGAACCAAUGUAGUCUUUAAAACCUGGAUGACUAUUCCCAAACUAAGCGAAAUUUGCUGGGAAGCGAUGUUGCAUUACUAUCCAGGGCUACCGGAAGUGAAAAGAGAAUCUCUGCUUGAAUUGGGAAUUCCAAUAAAGUUUGUACAGAGGGUUCAUGAUAUCUAAAUGUCAUGUAAAUAUUUUUCUAGCCUCAAUAAACAGAAAUUAAAU